GUCACAGUCUGAGCAUGCUCUGCUUGCAGAGCCUGGUGUCACAGUCUGAGCAUGCUCUGUUUAGGUGUAUGACUGUUGCCUAGCAACAUGGAAAGCAUAUCUUGGAGAGACAGGUUAGUCUGAUAAAGCCAGGUUGUGUAUAACCCCUCUAUGAGGUUCUAUGGAAUUAUUAAGGAAAUGUAUUUAUAUUUAGUGGGACUGUACCCACCCACCAACCCAUCCUACCAGAAUACAGAACCUGGAGAUCGGAUUAGAUACAUUGUCAGUGUCUGUUAUAAAGGGUCUGUGAGUGGCUCCACUGGUGAGAAUUAACCCUUUAUUGUCUGUCUGUUAUAAAGUGUCUGUGAGUGGCUCCACUGGUGAGAAUUAACCCUUUAUUGUCUGUCUGUUAUAAAGUAUCUGUGAGUGGCUCCACUGGUGAGAAUUAACCCUUUAGUGUCUGCCUGUUAUAACGUGUCUGUGAGUGGCUCCACUGGUGAGAAUUAACCCUUUAGUGUCUGCCUGUUAUAACGUGUCUGUGAGUGGCUCCACUGGUGAGAAUUAACCCUUUAUUGUCUGCCUGUUACAAAGUGUCUGUGAGUGCCUCCACUGGUGAGAAUUAACCCUUUAGUGUCUGUCUGUUAUAAAGUAUCUGUGAGUGGCUCCACUGGUGAGAAUUAACCCUUUAUUGUCUGUCUGUUAUAAAGUGUCUGUGAAUGGCUCCACUGGUGAGAAUUAACCCUUUAUUGUCUGUCUGUUAUAAAGUGUCUGUGAGUGGCUCCACUGGGGAUAAUUAACCCUUUAUUGUCUGUCUGUUAUAAAGUAUCUGUGAGUGGCUCCACUGGUGAUAAUUAACCCUUUAUUGUCUGUCUGUUAUAAAGUGUCUGUGAGUGGCUCCACUGGUGAGAAUUAACCCUUUAGUGUCUGCCUGUUACAAAGUGUCUGUGAGUGGCUCCACUGGUGAUAACCCUUUAGUGUCUGCCUGUUACAAAGUGUCUGUGAGUGGCUCCACUGGUGAUAAUUAACCCUUUAGUGUCUGCCUGUUACAAAGUGUCUGUGAGUGGCUCCACGGGUGAGAAUUAACCCUUUAUUGUCUGUCUGUUAUAAAGUAUCUGUGAGUGGCUCCACUGGUGAGAAUUAACCCUUUAGUGUCUGCCUGUUAUAACGUGUCUGUGAGUGGCUCCACUGGUGAGAAUUAACCCUUUAUUGUCUGCCUGUUACAAAGUGUCUGUGAGUGGCUCCACUGGUGAGAAUUAACCCUUUAGUGUCUGUCUGUUAUAAAGUAUCUGUGAGUGGCUCCACUGGUGAGAAUUAACCCUUUAGUUUCUGUCUGUUAUAAAGUGUCUGUGAAUGGCUCCACUGGUGAGAAUUAACCCUUUAUUGUCUGUCUGUUAUAAAGUGUCUGUGAGUGGCUCCACUGGGGAUAAUUAACCCUUUAGUGUCUGUCUGUUAUAAAGUAUCUGUGAGUGGCUCCACUGGUGAUAAUUAACCCUUUAUUGUCUGUCUGUUAUAAAGUGUCUGUGAGUGGCUCCACUGGUGAGAAUUAACCCUUUAGUGUCUGCCUGUUACAAAGUGUCUGUGAGUGGCUCCACUGGUGAUAACUCUUUAGUGUCUGCCUGUUACAAAGUGUCUGUGAGUGGCUCCACUGGUGAUAAUUAACCCUUUAGUGUCUGCCUGUUAUAAAGUGUCUGUGAGUGGCUCCACUGGUGAGAAUUAACCCUUUAGUGUCUGCCUGUUAUAAAGUGUCUGUGAGUGGCUCCACUGGUGAUAAUUAACCCUUUAGUGUCUGCCUGUUAUAACGUGUCUGUGAGUGGCUCCACUGGUGAUAAUUAACCCUUUAGUGUCUGCCUGUUAUAAAGUAUAUGUGAGUGGCUCCACUGGUGAUAAUUAACCCUUUAGUGUCUGACUGUUAUAAAGUAUCUGUGAGUGGGUCCACUGGUGAUAAUUAACCCUUUAGUGUCUGCCUGUUAUAAAGUAUCUGUGAGUGGCUCCACUGGUGAUAAUUAACCCUUUAGUGUCAGUCUUUUAUAAUUUGUCUGUCAGUGGGUCCCCUUUCUGUGUGUCACUGGUGAAUACUUGCGUUUCCUGGCUCUGAUAUACAAAUCGCUGUAAGGGUCCCAGUACUGGGAGACCCCUCCCAGCUGAUUAUAGUCUCUAUUCACUAAACAUUGCGUUGACAGUCUACCUGCAUUUUUUAAGUCAUUUUUUAAAGGAUGAAGCUCCAACUUGGCUUAGUAUGACAUUUUUACAACCCGUUGAUUCUAGGUUAGAGUUUGCUGCUUUUUACAAUAUACAAUGGUGUUUUGAAAUGGUGCUGCCCUAGGCAUGACAGAUCUCGGGCACGCCCCAAUUUAAAUUUACCUGCCCCUUCCUGCCAAGGCCACACCUCUUUCUGUUAACUAACACACAUUUUGAGUGACAGACACACACUCACAGACCAGCAGACACUCUCAGAUACACUGACAUACACACACACAUAGACUCACUGAUUUGACACAAUCUGACAGACACAUGCAAUCAUUCAGAAUCACACUGACAGAUGCAUUCACUCACUGACAGACAAGCACAAAAACUCUCACAGACACAGACACACUCACACAAUAACCAUAGGCGUGCGCAGCCUAUUGCAUUAGGGUGUGCACCCUAAAGCACAAGCACACGCCACGUAUAUAUAUAUGUAUGUAUGUAUGUAUAUAUAUAUGUGUAUGUGUGUGUAUAUAUAUAUAUAUAUAUAUAUAUACAUACACAUAUAUACACACAUACACACACUGCUGUGUGUGUGUGUGCUGUGUGAGGGUGCUGUUAGUGUGAUGUGUGUGUGACGGUGCUCGUAGUGUGCUAUGUGGGUGAGGGUGUUUGUGUGUGCGUGCUUGUGAGGAUACUGUUAAUGUACUGUGUGUGAGGGUGCUGUUUGUGUGUGUGUGUGUGCGCUUGUGAGGGUGCUGUUAAUGAACUGUGUGUGAGGGUGCUGUUUGUGUGUGAGGGUACUAGUGGUGUGCUGUGUGUGAGUUUGUUAGGGUCCUGUUUGUGAGGGUACUGUUAGUGUGCUGUGUGUGUGUGAGGGUGCUGUUUGUGUGCUGUGUGUGAGGGUGCUGUGUUUGUUUGUGAGGGUUCUGUAUGUGUGUGUGGGUGCUGUAUGUGUGUUGGUGCUGUGUAUGUCUGUGGGUGCUGUGUGGGUGCUGUGUAUGUCUGUGGGUGCUGUAUGUGUGUGGGUGCUGUGUAUGUCUGUGGGUGCUGUGUGUGGUGCUGUGUAUGUCUGUGGGUGCUGUAUGUGUGUGUGUGGGUGCUGUAUGUGUAUGUGUGUCUGUGGGUGCUGUAUGUGUGUGUGGGUGUAUAUGUGGGUGCUGUGUAUGUCUGUGGGUGCUGUGUGUGUGUGGGUGCUGUAUGUGUGUGGGUGCUGUGUAUGUCUGUGGGUGCUGUAUGUGUGUGUGUGUGGGUGCUGUAUGUGUGUGUGUGGGUGCUGUAUGUGUGUGGGUGCUGUAUGUGUGUGGGUGCUGUGUAUGACUGUGGGUGCUGUGUAUGUGUGUGGGUGCUGUAUGUCUGUGGGUGCUGUGUAUGUGUGUGGGUGCUGUGUAUGUCUGUGGGUGCUGUAUGUGUGUGGGUGCUGUGUAUGUCUGUGGGUGUUGUAUGUGUGUGUGCUGUAUGUGGGUGGGUGAUUGUGGGGGUGGAGGUGGGGGUACAUUACCUGCUAUCCCCCCUCCCUUCUUACCUUUUGUAGGGAGGAGGGAUUGUGCUGCUGCUUUCCCUGGUGGUCCAGUGGAGAGUGAACUCUGUAGGGCUAGAGUUCACUCUCGCGAGAUUUGUGUGUUGCCGUGGCAACGCUCAUAUCUCACGAGAGGAACCCGGCGGAGCUGCCGGCAAUAGCUCCGCCGGGUCCUCUCCUGCCUCCCUCCCUGCAUGUGGGUCAGUGGGGAGGGAGGCUGAGAGCAGAGCCGGCGCUCGGAUAGCGCCGGCUCUGCAUGAGCCGACAGGGGAGAUCCUGAGAUCUUCCCUGCCGGUCUCAAUAUGCAUAGGCGUGCCGCGGGGAUUAGGGUGUGCCCAGGCACACCCGGCACACCCCGUGCGCACACCUAUGACAAUGACACAUACACUCACUCACUGACAGACACACAUACUAACAGACACACUCACAUUCACUGACACACACACUCACAUUCACUGACACAUAUUUACUGACAAACACAAACCCACACAUUUUCCGCCAACACUCACAAUUAUUGAUAUUUUUUUUUUUUUAUUUAAAUCCACCCAGCCUCCCUACUUUUGGGAGAGCAGGGUGGAAUUUUCACCUGGGGUCCACUGGGGCUCCUGGGCAGGAAAGCAGGCGGACGUGCAGGCAGGCAGGUGGCUGGGCUUAGCUGUCAGCGAGGGAGCCUUGAUCUCCCUGCUCAGCUCCCUCGCGCGCCACAGAGUGAUGCCGGGAGCCGAAGUGACGUCAUAUUCUGGCUCCCAGCAUCACUGCGGGAAACACGAGAGAGAUGAGCAGUAACAGGGGCCCCCUAGCCGCCCGCCCGGGAAACAACUUGCCGUCUGUCCCGGGGGACCCAAUGGUGGCCAGCCGGCCAGCUCUUGGGCCCCCUUAAAAUGAGGCAAACAAGGCAUUAGCCUGUGCACUUGGGGGCGGUGUUUUAUGCCGUCCCCUGGAAAGUGCCGCCCAAGGCAAAUGCCUCGUUUGCCUUCUGGUAGAUACAGCCGUGAUUAUAUACAUAGGAUGUAUCCACUAAACUCUGAAUUAAAGCAAAUUUAAAUCCGAAUGGCAAUAUUUAGAUAUUUUUAACUAACGUUUGCUGCUUACAUUUUCAAUUUGCUACAAAUCGGAUUUUAGUGAAUAACCCCCAAAAGAGUUUGCAAGUUCUUAAAGUCUCCGGAGACAGGUGUAGACAAUCCACAGUUUAUUCAUGAUUUAUUCUAACAGAAUUGAAAACCCAAUUGUAAAAAUGAUUCUAAGGGGUUCAUUCACUAAACUGUGGACAGCAGCAAAUUAAAAUCUGAACAGCAAAAUGUUGGAAGAAGAUUUCAAAUUAGUUAUAGUCACAACUUUUUUUUUCCCAUUUCAUUGUUAUUUGAAAACUGAGCAAAAAAAUCUUGCAAUUCUGAUAUUUACUAAUGGCGCGUUUAACUUUUGGUGUCUGGCCGAAAAUCAGAUUUUUUUUAAAAUCAAACUAUCACAUACUGUGAGACUUAAAGACGAUUGCUGUUUAAUGAAUGAGUGAGUGCGCUGGAUCUUGUAUGUUGUUUGAUUCUGUACCAACAAAGUUGCUGCUGAAUAAUUAUCUUGUAUAAUUUUGCUGAAUAAUUAUCUUGUAUAAAUGAUUCCAUAUUUUUUUUUUUUUUUAACAGCUCGAAAAAGCUGCUAAUCUCUUGAGAGAGGACACACUCUUUACACAGAAAGCAAUUCAGCAAGAUUAUCUAGUUAAAGGAACCCUACAGAAUCAGGAACACAAACAUGUAUUCCUGACCCAACAAUGCUAAAAAUAAUAUCUAGCCCCCAUGGGUCCCCUUGACCCCCUAAAUAUAGUAAAAUAUCACCUUUAUUCCAGUCUGCUGCUGCUGGCUCUGUUCCUGAUCUGCCUCCUUGGCUGACAUCAUCAGAAGUGGUGAUCUCAGCCAAUCACAAUGCUUUUUCCAUAGAUUGUCAAGGAAGCAGAUCAGGGACAUAGCCAGCACAAGUCAAACACAGCCCUGGCCAAUCAACAUUUCCUCAUAGAGAUGCAUUAAAUCAAUGCCUGUCUGAAAGGAAUAGAUAUAAAAGCAGGGAGAAAAAAAAAAAGGAAAAUAUAUAGUGCUGCACCACUCCUUGUACUUUCAUCUGUUUAUGGAUGGUACGAGGUGAUUUAGCUGCCAUUUGGACUGUUCCAGUUAUUGCUUAGCGCUGAAUACCCAUUAGUUUUUUCUCUAUAAGGAAUGUUCAGUGUAUCAUUGCAUAGGGUGGAGACAUUGAAUGUCAGUCACACUGCGCAGCACUGCACCAGGAAGUAGCUCUAGUAGCCAUCUGAGGAGUGGCCAGUAGAGGUGUCCCUAGGCUGUAAUGUAAACACGGCAUUUUCUCUGAAAAGACCGUGUUUACUGCAAAAAAAAAAAAACGAAAGAGAAUGAUUCUGUUUACCAGAACAAAUACAAUAUGCUGUAACUGUUCUGGUGACUAGAAGUGUCCAUUUAACAAAUUCCAGUAAUAUGUGACUACACUAUUUAUUCUAUGUAAAAAUAAUGCUUCAGGACAUAUAAAUUUAGUGAUUGGAAACGUUUUAUUUUAUAUCUUUUUAUUGAAAGAAUUGGUUACAAACAAAGAUACAUACAACGCAGCUAAACUAGUAUGCAGUAAUGUCAAGUCACAGGAACAUAGGAUAGCAAAAAAUUUAUCUGCAAAUAGCAAAGAAGGCCCAGUAAGUUAUAGGGUUACUCUUAGCACCACUAUCACUUCAUCGUACUGAUGUGGUUGUGUUGCAGAUAACCUGCUCAUGCAGCCUUUCUGUUUAAAUUUAAAAAAAAGAACUAUUCCAGAGAUAAAUAGCUUGAUUUCAGCUCAUACAGAAAUUAACGUGUUCGGUUUUGGAGGUGUAAAUCCAACUCUGCUAGCAUCAUUAAAAGAACUCUGUAUUGUUAUAAAUACAUAUCUGUAUUCCCAACACUAAAGCCCUAAUGUCCCUUAUAAAUAAAUUAGGUAAAAUAAAAUAAAACUAGAUAAAUUAAAAUAAAGCAAAUUAUUCACCUUUUCUCCAGCUCCGAGUCCCCCUUGGCACUUCCAUGACCUCUUCCUGAUGAUGGGCCAAUUCUAUACUCCUCGUAGAGAAGCAUUGGGGACCUUAAGCGCUUGUGCGGCAAUCACCACGAUUCUCCUACGAUUCCUCCAUAGAAAAAUAUCGUAUUCAAUUAUUCUUUGUGGCAACCGUGAUGGCACUGCACAUGUGCGUGUGACGUCACGGUAUGUUAUGGUAUGAGAAUCAGAAAGUAAAAGACCAGUGUCACUUUUACCAGCCCAAAACAACGUUAUGAAAAUGCAGUUUCUUGGUUGGAGUAACCACUCAAUUUUUCAGAGGGUCACUUACAACUCUAAAUAAAUAUAACAUUAAAAAUAAAAUACAUGUUUUCAUUCUCAUGCCCUUUCCAGGUUGUGCAAUAAUUAAAAUCCCUUUAACUACUAUCUGUUUUAUUUAAUCAAAACAACAGAGAUAUACCUAAACUAAACAAACACACAAAAAAAAAUAUUUUAGAAUAAUAAUGUAAAAAUACUGCAAGACCCCAAUUUUUCAAGGUUACACUCACAGGAAUUCAGAUAUAAGCAGGCACAUCACAUAAAAUGUAGACUGCAGGUUUCUGGUAUCCUGUAUUUUUGGGAAAUCAGAUGGCUUGUGUGAAAAGAAAAUGAAAACAUAUAGUGCAACAUUGUAAGUAAAAGUAACAAUGAGUUACAAUGUUGCACUAUAUGUUUUCAUUUUCUUUUCACACAUACAGUACAGGAUACCAGAAACCUACAGUCUACAUUGUAUGUGAUGUGCCUGCUUAUAUCUGAAAUCCUAUGAGUGCAACCUUGAAAAAUUGGGGUCUUGCAGUAUUUUUACAUUAUUAUUCUAUGAGAUUUUUUGGAUUUUUGUUUGUGUUUGUUUGGUUUAGGUAUAUCUCUGUUAUUCUGUUUACAUUAUUUGAGGAUAAGAGGACUUCUUGUUAUACCAGAGAAUAAAAAAAGGGUAAUAUCUCCUCUUCUUUGUAUUUUAUCUAUACUGCACUUUUUGGUGGUUUAAUAUAUUUGCACAUUUUCUGUUUUAUUUAAUGCUGGAGUUAUCGCCUCAUUUUUUAUUGCACGUAAAAUAUAUUGUUAAUAAUUCACUGAAGAACAAAGUAGGUUUGUGUUGUGUAAUGUUUUGUCUUACUAUACAGUGUGUUUUUUUUCUUAGGCAGGAUAAAGAAUGGAUCGUCACUCCAGUUCAAGGUCUAACGGAUCAGCUUCAAAGGUAUUUGUCUGCUAUAAAAUCUUCGUCAAUAAAAUUUCCAAUAUUAAUUUACUUUGAUGAGGUUUAAUAUCAUUCUUUAGUAACAAGGGAUGCGUCAUCAACAUUGUUUCAUGCAUGUUCAAAAUCUAGGGGAAUGUUUGCUGUGUCACAUAUUGAUGAGCUUAUUAAAAACAAUCUAUUUCAAGACUUCAUUGUUUUUUUUUUUAUAUUUAACAAGGCAAAAAACUUCUAUUCUGGGGCUGGGUGCUAAAUACGGAGCAAUCUCCAUAGGAACCAAGGGAAUGUCCCUCAGCAUUUAGCAAAAUUUCUCCAGAGUAGAUGCAGCUUUGACUUGAUAAUUAUGACCAUAUGAUAGUUAUGUAUAAAGAGCAAUUCUAUAACAAGGUUCUAAAAUGGAAACCAUUAGACCAUUAGCUGAAUCAUUUGUCGUUAGCACUUUGGCAUGAUGUAGUAUCAUAGAGAAUGGUUAUCAAAAGAAUUACAGCUUUGAUAUAUGUUUUAAAAAUUGUUCUUUAAAACUGAUAGUAGUCUCUUAGUGCAUUUCCUUCUUCUUGUAAUCACUGAACGACAAUUUGGUAAUGGCUGACUAUCCUUAGCAAUUACAUGUUAGUUAGUUCCUUGCUAUGAAUGUAACUUUAAAAAAAUCAAAUUAAAGAGACACUAUAGUCACCAAAACAACUUUAGUUAUAUGAAGCAGUUUUGGUGUAUAGAUCAUGCCCCUGCAGCCUCACUGCUCAAUUAUCUGCCAUUUAGGAGUUAAAUCACUUUGUUUAUGCAGCCCUAACCACACCUCCCUGCAUGUAAUUUACACCACCUUCCUAAACACUUUCUAUAAAGUCAUCUAAUUUUUACACUUCCUUUAUUGCAAAUUAUGUUUAAUUUAGAAUAUUUUAUCUCCUGCUGUGCUAAUAGCUUUCUAGACCCUGUGUGUGUGAUUAAAGUUCAGUUUACAAAGCAGGAGAUGAAAACUUUAAAAGUAAGUUACAUCUAAUUGAAAAUGAGACCAUUUUGUUUUCAUAUAGGCUCUGUGAGUCAUAGCCAUAGGAGGUGUGCAUAAACAGAAACUAAAGUGAUUUAACUCCUAAAUAGAAGAGAAUUGAGCAGUGCGAAUGCAGAGGCAUGAUCUAUACACCAAAACUGCUUCAUUCAGCUAAAGUUGUUUUGGUGACUAUAGUGUCCCUUUAAAAAUAUAAUUUUGGAUUUUUUUUUCAGUAGCGCUAGUAAGAUAUUUGCCCGUAGAGAGUAACUCAAUUUGGAGACAUGUUAAAACAUAAUACAACAAGUAAGCAAACAACACAGAGCAAGAGUGGAUAUUGUAGUAAUUAGUGUAUAUUUAUAUAGUAUACAAUAUAUAAAUACAGAUAUGUUUACCGCCUCUUCCAUUUUCCUCUCUGUUGCUCACUUUUCACUCGAUCUGUGAAUAAAAUUAACAUUUAGUGACUGUCCCCUAGACAUCAAUCUUCUUUUUCUCCCAUCAAUCAUCAAUUUUUAUGGCGGUAUGGGUGGGAUUCAGAAAACUGACCCUUCUGAACAUUUUCGUCUAUUUUGUUUUUCGGUUAGUCUGUGAUUCAAAUAUUAUGGCUCAAAAUUCGGAAGUCGGCCAAGCACCCAAUCAGCCUAAAUUCAGCCGAAUGGAAUGAAUAUCCACUUCUGUUCUACAACAGUACAAUAACAUAUUUACUAAAGUGAAGAUUCAAAGUAAAUUUCACAUCUAAGGCCAGAGAAGCCAAACUGAAAGCAUCACUGAUUAGAGAAUUUUUCCAGUUUUGCUAUUUGGACAUUAUAUUUGAAACUCACUUAGAGUUCUCACUUUAGCGAGUAUCUGUAAGUAUACAAUAUCACAUUUAUUAGGCCUUCUUGGUCUUUUGUGGUCUUAUCAUAGAUAUUUAUUAUUUCCUGCAAGGGAUUCAUAACAUCAUGUUACAUUGUGUUUAGUUCUUUAUUUUGCUAUUUUCAGAAGCAGGAACCAGUGGUACUUACAGCAGUGGCUUUGCAAGAUCAUAUUUUGCAGAACCUUGACCUCCAGGACCUCUCACUAUGCGAUGUAUUCCACACACAUAAAAGGACGAAGAAGACAAGCCACCGACCUAUCAACAGAAACCUAGUCAAAGCAGUGGUAGAUACUGGAAUUAGAAGGAAGUCUCCUACUAAGCUUACAGUACCUAAUGCAGAGGAAGAAUAUGUUCUUGAUCCUUUUCCUCCACCCUUAACACUGGGCAAGUAAUCCAUUUAUGUGCUUAUUUACUAAACUCAGAUUUUUUUCUAAAUUAUGAUUAUGGUUGAGCUGAGAAUUGUUCCAGAUUAGUUACGAAUGCCUCAGUUUUUCCAUUCAGAUUUAAUUCCAAAAAUUUCAGGGUCCUGUGAAAAAAGCCUGUUAUUCAAAAACUUUAGUAAAGUUACAAGAAUCAGGAACUCAAAGUGUGUCAAAAAAUGAAAUAUAGUUUCUUUAUAUAGGAGUAAAAAAUGCAUCUUCUGUUGCUCUACGAUUUUAAUACAGUUUAUCCAUACAAUUAUAGUUCUACCCAGAGAUUAUUGUACUAAUAAAUUCCUUAAACACAUUUAAAGACACAAUCCAUUGAAUGAGCUAUAACAUCUGAAGAGAGUGUUAAAGGAAUAUGAUAAAUUGCUUUUUUUAAAACCCUUAGAAGGACCCUAUAAGCAGCUCAACCACUUCGGCUCAUUGAAGUGGUUUUGGUGCAAUGCCCCUGUGCCCUUAAUGCUGCAGUGUUAAUUAGUGCAGUUUAUGAGAAACUGCAAUAAUUACAUUGCAGAGUUAACUCCUCCUCUAGUGUCUGUCUACCAGACAGCCACUAGAGGCACUUCCUGGUAUUUCACAGAGUUUUACUGUUCCCAUAUGUCAAACAUGUUGUUACAAUUAAUUGUUUGUCUUAUCUUACCUAUCGUACAGUGCUGUAGAAUAUGUUGGAGCUAUAUAAAUAAUUGUAAUUGUUUGAAGGGGUAAUCCAGAUAAACCAGUAAAAAAAAAGAAAAGCCCAUGCUGAUAUCUCAUGGAAAUGCAAUAAAUGUGUAAGAUUAACAGGCAAGCACAGCUUUCAGGCCAAAUCAUGCUUCAGGAUAAACUAGCUUGGAUCAUGUCUCUGAGGUCUUGUUGACACGAGUAUGGGUUUCUGUGUGGGAGAUUGAUAAUCCUCUUUACCAGGCCGGACUCCACGGUGAGCCAAAAUAACUGUCUCUGUAUGGCUGCCCAUAUCCGGAUUGUAUCUGAUAAAGUACUAAACUCAGUCAUUGUUUCUCUUCGGGUCUAGAUGAUUUAAUGUCCCAGAUAACACAGAGGGCUGUGUUUGGUCUUCUCACUGUGCUUCUCUUGUUUUCAACACAAUUUCUUUUCCAUAUUCACCGUUGUUCUACUUUCCCAGAUCUGCCAAGACUUGGAUUGUACAACAUAGUUCCGAAGCAUCUAAGAUAAAAAUGUUGAGACAAUUUAGGACAGGAAUCUGCAAUGACAGCUGAACUAUAACUAUGAUAGCUUGCCAACCAGACUUUAGAGGUGCAUCUGCAUCGUGUACCCAAAUUCACAAUUUUAGGACAUGUGAUGUUGGGAGGUAUGCUAUUUUGGGCGCAAGUCCUUCUGCCCUCUUUUCUAGGAGUCCAUAUUGUUAUUGUGUCUAAGUGUAUACCAUCACCAAUACUCCCAGUAUUGAUAAAUGUGUUUAAUAAUCAGUCUGUGUUAAUAAGAUAUGUUGUUUGUGUUAUAAAUUAAAUUUUUAUUAGUAAGUCACCUGAAAUUUCUCAAAACAGCCCCGCCCCUGGCCAACCCCCACUUACACACCUACAUUUUAAGAGCCCCUUGUUAUUCAUUUGACAAGUCGGCAGGGCCAGAUUUGACACAAGGCUACUGAGGGGCAGCAGUCUGUAGAGAGCGGCAUGGCAGGGGGGGAGAUCAAGCAUCUCACUCAUCAGCUAGCCCAUUCUCCUAUUGUGUGGCCGAGUGUGAUAGGGGAUAUUUCUCUGGCUGGCCCCUCCAUGGCCGGCCUUGAAUAGAGAGGCUUAGCUUGGAUCGUCGCUCUGAGGUCAACUCACUCCAUUACAGCACCUAUCACCCAACUAUACCCACUGCUCAUCCUGCUACAGACCCUAUUCCCCCCACUAUAGCUGCUAUAGAUGCUCUCACCCACACUAUACCUCUUGUCACCUCACUACAGCCGCUGUCACUCAACUAUAUCCACUUUUUACUACAUAAUAGUCCCUCUCCUCGCACUACAUCCCCACUAUAGCCACUACUGAUAUAUAUUGUAAUGGAGCUCCCCGUACUCCGACCGAGUUCCCUCCAUUGAUGGAAGCUUCCUAGCUUGCGCCGAGGACCACAAGCACCGCACCGGACACUACAACCACCGCAGACUCCGCAACCGCUGUAGCUUGACUGGAGUCUCGCUGUCUUCCUUCCACCUUGGAUCAGUCCUCCAGGACCGUGUGGGAAAGACCUCUCCUCCAAGGAGAGCGUGUCAGGAACAAUCUCUUAAAAGAGCUAAGUGAUUUAAGCUCAGGGGAGAAUGCAGAGCAUAGCAAUCCCCAGUGUGAUUAUAACAGAUAAAACAGACAAGGCUACGUUUAGAGGCAUCAAGAAUAACUGUCUAACUUGGGACUAGAGAUGUCGCGAACCGUCCGCGAACGGUUCGCCGUGGUUCGCCACGAACUGUUCGCGGCGAACUCCGGUCAGCUGGCACAUCCCGGCCAAUCUCCAACAGACCCUCCCUCCCAGACCCUCCUACUUCCUGGACAGCAUCCAUGUUAAAGCUGCCUUCAACAUGGAUGCUGUCCAGGAGGUGGGAGGGUCUGGGAGGGAGGGUCUGCUGGAGAUUGGCCGGGAUGUGUCAGCUGAUCGGAGUUCGCCGCGAACAGUUUGCGGAGAACCGCGGCAAACCGUUCGCGAGAAGUUCGCGGACGGUUCGCGACAUCUCUACUUGGGACUAGCCCAUAUGGUCUUUACAUUAACAUUGCCCCAAAAACUCAAUAAAAUUACAAACAGUCAAAUCAUAGCAGGCAACAUACAGUGACUUAUUAUAACACAAUGGCAUAUUUUUAAAGGGGUGGGGGAGGCAAUUUUUUCACAGAAAAUAUCUCACAUGCCUGCAGAAUUAGCAAUAUGCAAAUCUACCUGAAUAUGCAAAUGAACCAGUCUUGCUAUUCAGGUAGUGCAUAUUGCUGUUGCUACCAACAGAGGGCACUAGACAAGCUCUAUAGCCAAAUCCACCUAGUUGGUAGCAAACCUCAGCAGUACACGAGAGCAGACAAUACAUUUCACAGUACACACACACACUAUAAACAAUUACAUUACACACACUCUGCACCUAUAAUGGGUACAGGGUGACUAAAACAUAAGAGAGAUAAAGCAACCUACAUAAAUAGUCUGUCUGAAGGUAGAAUAGGGGCUUUAAAGCCAAAUACAUCAAAGAGUCAUAGUCCCAGGGGAGGAGGCUGGCAAGCAGGCCUCUCCCAGACCAAGUGGCGACACAUAUAUAUAUAGCAGCGGUGUGCAUUCAGGAGACUGGCCUUGGGGCUGUAUGGAGGAUAAAUCCGGCCAUGUAUGUUGGGAGUUAUGGUAUACACAUUAGGGAUAACUAAUGUGUCUAAACUACUGGACUGUACAGUGUCACAAAACUGGUUCUACAUUAAAGCUACAUAUAUGCAUUACAUCGAUUUUCUCACUCAGAUGAAGAAACACUUGUUCACAUUACACUGCUAGUUUAGAUGUGGCUUCCUCUGCUUGGUAUAUAAUAACCUAAGUACCACUAACCAAGAGCAAUCUACAAUUAGGAAUUUGCUGACUAAACUGGAAUUUGAAGUGACAUGAAUUGGAAAAAUUCUCCAGCGUGGCUGUUUUAGACAAACUUCAGUUCAUUGCAGUUUCAAGUUUAUAGAAUAAACCCAGUUUAAAGUUUAUAGAAUAGACCAAUUAUAUCUAUCUUUUAUUUGGUCUAUUCAUUUGAUUGCCUCGGUGAUUCUGACCAGGAUCCCUUUAAGAGCAUGCAUCCAGGUCAGUUCAAUUUGAAGUCUCUAAUUUUAAUUUUAUAGAAUAUGCCAGACUAAGAUUUACUUAUUUUAAUUUAUUGCAUAGGUAUUGUAUUCGAAAAUAUGCAAAAGAGUAAAUUUGUUGCAAAUCUGUAAACUUUGCUGCUUCUACAGUGAAGUCAGCACUGAGUAGGAAUCAACGCAGCCAAUCAUGAUUCUAAUUUCUAUAGCAGUGCUAAGCUUAUCAUUAAAUCUUUGCACAGCACAGCAGUGUUCUAUAUCAGUGUUCUAUCUUUGCACAGCAGUGUUCUAUAUCAGUGUUCUAUCUUUGCACAGUACAGCAGUGUUCUAUAUCAGUGUUCGAUCUUUGCACAGCACAGCAGUGUUCUAUAUCAGUGUUCUAUAUCAGUGUUCUAUCUUUGCACAGCAGUGUUCUAUCUUUGCACAGCAGUGUUCUAUAUCAGUGUUCUAUCUUUGCACAGCGGUGUUCUAUAUCAGUGUUCUAUCUUUGCACAGCAGUGUUCUAUAUCAGUUUCGAUCUUUGCACAGCAGUGUUCUAUAUCAGUGUUCUAUCUUUGCACAGCACAGAAGUGUUCUAUAUCAGUGUUCUAUCUUUGCACAGCAGUAUUCUAUAUCAGUGUUCUAUCUUUGCAUAGUAGUGUUCUAUAUCAGUGUUCGAUCUUUGCACAGCAGUGUUCUAUAUCAGUGUUCGAUCUUUGCACAGCAGUGUUCUAUAUCAGUGUUCUAUCUUUGCACAGCAGUGUUCUAUAUCAGUGUUCUAUCUUUGCACAGCAGUGUUCUAGAUCAGUGUUCUAUAUCAGUGUUCUAUCUUUGCACAGCAGUGUUCUAUAUCAGUGUUCUAUCUUUGCACAGCAGUGUUCUAUAUCAGUGUUCUAUCUUUGCACAGCGGUGUUCUAUAUCAGUGUUCUAUCUUUGCACAGCAGUGUUCUAUAUCAGUUUCGAUCUUUGCACAGCAGUGUUCUAUAUCAGUGUUCUAUCUUUGCACAGCACAGCAGUGUUCUAUAUCAGUGUUCUAUCUUUGCACAGCAGUGUUCUAUAUCAGUGUUCUAUCUUUGCAUAGUAGUGUUCUAUAUCAGUGUUCGAUCUUUGCACAGUGUUCUAUAUCAGUAAGUUCGACCUUGUACAAAAGUAUUGUCUCUCCUAUAUCAGUGUUCUAUCUGUACAGUGCAGUGUUCUAUAUCAUCGGUGUUUGAUCUUGCACAGCAGUGUUCUCCCAUAUAAUAGUGUUCAUCUUUGCACAGCAGUGUUCUAUAUCAGUGUUCUAUUUUGCACUGUACAGCAGUAAGUUCUAUAUCAGUGUUCUAUCUCUUUGCACAGCAGUGUUCUAUAUCAGUGUUCCCAUCUUUGCAACAGCAGUGUUCUAUACCAGUGUUCGACCUUGCACAGCAGUGUUCUAUAUCAGUGUUCGAUCUUUUACAGCAGUGUUCUAUACCAGUGUUCGAUCUUGCAGCAGUGUUCUAUAUCAGUGUUCCUGACCUUGCAGCAGUGUUCUAUAUCAGUGUUCUAUCUUGGGUAUUGGUGUGGAGUGCCUAAGUAUCAGUGUUCAUCUUGCACGGCAGUGUUCUAUAUCAGUGUUCGAUCUUUGCACAGCAGUGUUCUAUAUCAGUGUUCUAUCUUUGCACGGCAGUGUUCUAUAUCAGUGUUCUAUCUUUGCACAGCAGUGUUCUAUAUCAGUGUUCGACCUUUGCACAGCAGUGUUCUAUAUCAGUGUUCUAUCUUUGCACAGCAGUGUUCUAUAUCAGUGUUCUGUCUUUGCACAGCAGUGUUCUAUAUCAGUGUUUGAUCUUUGCACAGCAGUGUUCUAUAUCAGUGUUCGAUCUUUGCACAGCAGUGUUCUAUAUCAGUGUUCUAUCUUUGCACAGCAGUGUUCUAUAUCAGUGUUCUGUCUUUGCACAGCAGUGUUCUAUAUCAGUGUUUGAUCUUUGCACAGCAGUGUUCUAUAUCAGUGUUCGAUCUUUGCACGGCAGUGUUCUAUAUCAGUGUUCUGUCUUUGCACAGCAGUGUUCUAUAUCAGUGUUCUAUCUUUGCACAGCAGUGUUCUAUAUCAGUGUUCUAUCUUUGCACGGCAGUGUUCUAUAUCAGUGUUCUGUCUUUGCACAGCAGUGUUCUAUAUCAGUGUUUGAUCUUUGCACAGCAGUGUUCUAUAUCAGUGUUCGAUCUUUGCACAGCAGUGUUCUAUAUCAGUGUUCUAUCUUUGCACAGCAGUGUUCUAUAUCAGUGUUCUAUCUUUGCACAGCAGUGUUCUAUAUAAGUGUUCGAUCUUUGCACAGCAGUGUUCUAUAUCAGUGUUCUGUCUUUGCACAGCAGUGUUCUAUAUCAGUGUUUGAUCUUUGCACAGCAGUGUUCUAUAUCAGUGUUCGAUCUUUGCACGGCAGUGUUCUAUAUCAGUGUUCUGUCUUUGCACAGCAGUGUUCUAUAUCAGUGUUCUAUCUUUGCACAGCAGUGUUCUAUAUCAGUGUUCUAUCUUUGCACGGCAGUGUUCUAUAUCAGUGUUCUGUCUUUGCACAGCAGUGUUCUAUAUCAGUGUUCUAUCUUUGCACAGCAGUGUUCUAUAUAAGUGUUCGAUCUUUGCACAGCAGUGUUCUAUAUCAGUGUUCUAUCUUUGCACAGCAGUCUUCUAUAUCAGUGUUCGAUCUUUGCACGGCAGUGUUCUAUAUUAGUGUUCUAUCUUUGCACAGCAGUGUUCUAUAUCAGUGUUCGAUCUUUGCACAGCAGUGUUCUAUAUCAGUGUUCUAUCUUUGCACAGCAGUGUUCUAUAUCAGUGUUCUAUCUUUGCACAGCAGUGUUCUAUAUAAGUGUUCUAUCUUUGCACAGCAGUGUUCUAUAUCAGUGUUCGAUCUUUGCACAGCAGUGUUCUAUAUCAGUGUUCUAUCUUUGCACGGCAGUGUUCUAUAUCAGUGUUCUAUCUUUGCACAGCAGUGUUCUAUAUCAGUGUUCGACCUUUGCACAGCAGUGUUCUAUAUCAGUGUUCUAUCUUUGCACAGCAGUGUUCUAUAUCAGUGUUCUGUCUUUGCACAGCAGUGUUCUAUAUCAGUGUUUGAUCUUUGCACAGCAGUGUUCUAUAUCAGUGUUCGAUCUUUGCACGGCAGUGUUCUAUAUCAGUGUUCUGUCUUUGCACAGCAGUGUUCUAUAUCAGUGUUCUAUCUUUGCACAGCAGUGUUCUAUAUCAGUGUUCUAUCUUUGCACGGCAGUGUUCUAUAUCAGUGUUCUGUCUUUGCACAGCAGUGUUCUAUAUCAGUGUUCGAUCUUUGCACAGCAGUGUUCUAUAUCAGUGUUCUAUCUUUGCACAGCAGUGUUCUAUAAUCAGUGUUCUAUCUUUGCACAGCAGUGUUCUAUAUAAGUGUUCGAUCUUUGCACGGCAGUGUUCUAUAUCAGUGUUCGAUCUUUGCACAGCAGUGUUCUAUAUCAGUGUUCUAUCUUUGCACGGCAGUGUUCUAUAUCAGUGUUCUAUCUUUGCACGGCAGUGUUCUAUAUCAGUGUUCUAUCUUUGCACGGCAGUGUUCUAUAUCAGUGUUCUGUCUUUGCACGGCAGUGUUCUAUAUUAGUGUUCUGUCUUUGCACGGCAGUGUUCUAUAUCAGUGUUCUGUCUUUGCACAGCAGUGUUCUAUAUCAGUGUUCGAUCUUUGCACAGCAGUGUUCUAUAUCAGUGUUCGAUCUUUGCACAGCAGUGUUCUAUAUCAGUGUUCGAUCUUUGCACAGCAGUGUUCUAUAUCAGUGUUCGAUCUUUGCACAGCAGUGUUCUAUAUCAGCGUUCUAUCUUUGCACAGCAGUGUUCUAUGGGCUCAGGAGGCGAUAUUGGAUUUGCAGUUUAAUUACUGCUUUGUAUAUUGUAACAUAUUUAAUGUCAAUGAUAUUCUAUUAGCAAGAACUAUGUGUUUUAUUACUUAAAGAAGGUUUUGAUGUUGUUAAAUUAAAUGCGAACAUGAACAAUUUAACCCAGUUUACAUUUCAACACACCCUGUAAAGUAAUUAUGUGGUUUUGUACUAACACACAUCAGUUUACAUAAAGCUACAGAGACGAACUCAUUUUUUUUUUAAAACUCUCACACAUAUUGUUAUUUUCUUUUUUAUUAUUUGGUGAUUUGCAGUAAAAGUAGGCAGCGCACAAUAAAGAGAACAAGAACAUAUAAAUACAGGAUACGUAAGAAACAUGUCAACAACAUAUUAAAAGAAAGAAAAUUAAAUAAAAAUUAGAAUUAAAAGUAAAAUGACAGAUCUUAUCAGCCCAAAAACUCGUAGCAAGACAUUGGAAAACAGUUACGAUACCCGCCAUAUCUCCGCUUAAGGUUGACAUUGAUACCCAGAGAGACUAUGAAACUAGACUCACAUCUAUAUUUUCCUCCACAAAACUAGUCACAGAGACAUGGCACCUGUGGGACACAUGGAGACUGGGUAAACUGAAUUAGCUGUACCCUGAUUGUGAGAUUACAUGUGGGACACAUGGAGACUGGGUAAACUGAAUUAGCUGUACCCUGAUUGUGAGAUUACAUGUGGGACACAUGGAGAUUGGGUAAACUGAAUUAGCUGUACCCUGAUUGUGAGAUUACAUGUGGGACACAUGGAGACUGGGUAAACUGAAUUAGCUGUACCCUGAUUGUGAGAUUACAUGUGGGACACAUGGAGACUGGGUAAACUGAAUUAGCUGUACCCUGAUUGUGAGAUUCCAUGUGGGACACAUGGAGACUGGGUAAACUGAAUUAGCUGUACCCUGAUUGUGAGAUUCCAUGUGGGACACAUGGAGACUGGGUAAACUGAAUUAGCUGUACCCUGAUUGUGAGAUUCCAUGUGGGACACAUGGAGACUGGGUAAACUGGAUUAGCUGUACCCUGAUUGUGAGAUUCCAUGUGGGACACAUGGAGACUGGGUAAACUGGAUUAGCUGUACCCUGAUUGUGAGAUUCCAUGUGGGACACAUGGAGACUGGGUAAACUGAAUUAGCUGUACCUUGAUUGUGAGAUUCCAUGUGGGACACAUGGAGACUGGGUAAACUGAAUUAGCUGUACCUUGAUUGUGAGAUUACAUGUGGGACACAUGGAGACUGGGUAAACUGAAUUAGCUGUACCCUGAUUGUGAGAUUACAUGUGGGACACAUGGAGACUGGGUAAACUGAAUUAGCUGUACCCUGAUUGUGAGAUUACAUGUGGGACACAUGGAGACUGGGUAAACUGAAUUAGCUGUACCCUGAUUGUGAGAUUACAUGUGGGACACAUGGAGACUGGGUAAACUGAAUUAGCUGUACCCUGAUUGUGAGAUUACAUGUGGGACACAUGGAGAUUGGGUAAACUGAAUUAGCUGUACCCUGAUUGUGAGAUUACAUGUGGGACACAUGGAGACUGGGUAAACUGAAUUAGCUGUACCCUGAUUGUGAGAUUACAUGUGGGACACAUGGAGACUGGGUAAACUGAAUUAGCUGUACCCUGAUUGUGAGAAUACAUGUGGGACACAUGGAGACUGGGUAAACUGAAUUAGCUGUACCCUGAUUGUGAGAUUACAUGUUGCCAUUCCCUACAGGGAUCCUAUAUUGUUUUAUGGUGUAACGAAGGUCAUUCAGGGAGGAAUGACAAGUCUUUGCCGAAUAAUCGGACACAACACAUUCUUACUAACUAUUAUACUGUAUGCUGUCGAUUGUACUGUAUGCUGUCAAUGAAACGCUAGCCCCCCCCCCCCUUUUCUUUCCUUUCUGUACUCUACCCUACUUUACUUUUGAAAAAAGCAACGAAAAAAAUUGAAAUGGAAAAAAAAAUGUAAAAUUACGACCAUCCAAUAAAAAAAAAGAAUAAAAUGAAUGGAAAAUACAUAUAUUAUCAUUAUUAUUUUAUUAUUUAUAUAGCGCCAUCAAAUUCUGUAGCACUGUACAAUGGGUGAUAUACUUAUAAUAUGAAUACAUGCUAGCGCAUAUUGUUAAAAUACAGCAAGUGAAUGGCCCCAUAUAUAAGUUACAGGAAAACAAGUACAUAUGAGACUCUUUUUUUUUUUAAAUAUUCAUUCUAAACUAUUUUGUAUAAAACACUGAAAAAAUUGUGUAUUAGCAGAAAAUGUACUGUAGGUGACUGUAAUUUAGAAAAAUGUGUUUGUAAACGCAAGCCUGUAUUGUUUAACAACUUUGGUUGGUUUCCAGCUCAGAAACUUGGCAUUGUUGAGGCACCUGCCAUGCCUCUAACACCCGAAGAAUGGGGAAAAGUGAAGAAGAGGUCCAUUGAUCAGGGAGACUCAUCUCAACCGUGUGUCAUAUGCAAAGAAGACUUUCAACUCCAAGCCCAGGUAUUUCUACCACGUUUCGCAUUCGGAAUGCUUCAUUGCAUCAGCUAGACUUGUGCUUUCAAUUUCGAAUAAAUUGUGAUUUGUCCAAAUUCCGAAACUUCAAAAACGCUAUAUGGACGAAUCACAAAACAAACUAAAGGAACAAUCAACUAACAAUUUUGUUUGUCUUGUGGUUUGGAGUUCCAGACAUAGCGAAAAAGAAAAAAGAAAAAAAAAAGAUGAUUGAUUGUUAGGGGAUAGCUACUAAAUGAUGAUUUUAUUCACAGAUCAAUUGAGAAGUGUCUAAUGAAUAUCUCUUAUUUGAUGGGUGGUUAAACGAUGUUUAUUUAUUUCAUAGGUGCUGCUGUCAUGCUCCCAUGUGUUCCACAGGGUAAGAUAAAUUUCUUAGAACUCAAAGAAAUUGCAGUAGACACUCAUGUCACAUCCCACCGCAUCAUGGUGCAAUGAACUCAUGGUGCAAUGGUUAAUUCUAGAGGAAAUAUAUUAAUUACAACAAAUUAAAAAUGGAUGAAGGGCGUAGCGUUUUUUACUGCACAAGGGGUGAAUGUAGAUGUUGCAUUGAUACAAUUGCUGUAAAAUAGAUUUACAAGACUCUUUGUUUCAAUAAAUACUAAUUAAUUUCCAUGUAUUGUACUUUAACUGUUUCUGUGAGUCCUCUUUUCUUAUCAUAAUUUAUCAUGAGUUGCAUACAGACAGAAGCAUUAGAAAAAUGUGUUUGUAACAUUUACAAGCUCUCUUAUUUUUUCUUAAUAUUGUGCUUUCCUGAUGGUUUAAAUGUGAAACGUCUGUUCUGCCACGUCUUGUUCUCAGGUUUGCCUACAGGCGUUUGAAAAAUUUACUGGUAAAAAGACAUGUCCGAUGUGUAGAAAGAGCCAGUAUCAGACCCGGGUUAUACAUGAUGGGGCCCAUCUUUUCAAGGCAAAAUGUGCCACAAGGUAAUAUAAUAAAUGGGAAGGGUUAAUAUGACGGUGUAACACUGCAGCACAAAACCUAAAAAGGUUGAUUGAAAAUGACAGUGAGAUAAAGAGGGUUGUGUGUUUUGACAGAUUGUGUUAUUUUUUGUCACUGAUUCUGAAAAGUUGAUUAAUGAGACAAUCCGCAGCCCAAAUACAGAACAAAUACAUGUGUACCCUCUACUCAAAAUUUCUCAUUUGAACAUACUUAAAGAAAUAUACAUGCAUUAUAAAUGUUGAAUUGGAAUAUGGCAGGUUAAUGCCAUACAAGUAAAAGGAGUCAAACGUGCAGGUCAGGUGUUACCAGUAUGAGUCCAUUUUGUUUGUCAUUAACCUUAUGAUGUUUGUGUAUUAAUACAGACAUAAUGCAAUUAAUCAUUAAAGAAUGAAGUUACAAUUGGUGUGGCAGACUACUUCUAGGUGACUGGAGUGUCAAAGACUCCCUUUCCCCCUUAGUGAAUAGCUCCCGAGUGUUUAUAGUUCAGCGCUACGGAAUUUGUUGGCACUAUAUAAAUAAUAAAAUAAUAAUAAUAAUCCCUAGUCAUUAGCCGUGGUUUAAUGUAAGGGUAAAACAAGUGCACUUUAUUGCAGUGCCUUUGUCCUUUUUAUACUUGGAACCCCCUACCCGUGUCUGAGGUCCUCGGGGCCAUUGGGUAGGAGCACUGAGCUGGGAGGCAUGACUUGGAAGGGGAAUAAGUAUGGGAAAAUAGUAUUUUUAGGAGAAGGCGGCGGCUGGGGCCAUGCACAAAUCCUGGGUGACCAGGUGGUCCGUCACACCUCUGUUUUAGGCUUGAGAGGUAACUGAUGAGGUGACUACACAGUUCAAUAUUUAUGUAAAACAGAAAAGUGGAGACAAUUGAUAGUGUAGUAUAUCUUGCAGGUGUUGGUAAGAAAGGAAAAUAAUGCACUUACACUCUUUUGAGUUAAAUCUAGCUCCAAUUUGAAGUAUUGAGCAGUACUGAACAGUAUAAUCCCCAAUUCAGGAUAUCAGAAGAGGGAACAUUUUCAUUUUAGGAAUACCAUUAACAUAGGGUGUGUAAGACAAGCACAAACCGGAGCAAUAUAGUGUAGUAGUUUAUAUACUGAGCGAAUAAGAAAAUGUGUGACAAUUCCACUCACAUGUCUUGGAGCCGGUAUUGACUCCUAUUAUGAAGCAUUCUGUGAUAUAUUCCCCACUUUAGGAUUUCUGUAGAUGUGGUAUCCUCAACAUGAAUAUGUGAAAACACUAACUUUUUAACAAAGGAUCCGGAUAAUGAUGAUUUAAAUAAUAAAAGAGGUAGAAAUUGUUGAAUGUAAUCCAAGGCUUUAUUUAACACAUAAAACAAGUUAAAAAAAAAAACACAUUUCACAUUUUUCCAAAGUGUACAUAAACUUCUAGAGUCCUCGAUAUAUAUGUAGAAAUGCCAAUUUCUAAAUUUUGCGGCUAAAUUACAUCAUAGUCACAUGACCGCAAUGUAACUAGCAAAUAACACAAUAUAAUUAAAAAGCUAUUUCAACGCAGAUAACAAUAAUAAAUAUUUCUAUUACACGUAAAAAAAAAGUUAACAUUUGCGGUAAGAGCUGUAAAAAGCUAUAAAAAGUGUGAUCACAAGGUCGCGGCAUAAUGUCAUUCUGCAUCACGUGGUCGCAGUUUACUUAAUUGAUGUACAUUUAGCACCGAGAUAGUGGCAAGUAUCUAAGCAGGUUACUGAGGGAUAAAAACAAGUGUUCUAUAAAAGCGUAUGGUAGCUAGAGAUAUGGGCUUCAAUAAAAUGGAGCCCAAAUUGAAGAGCUAGACGCCAGUAAUACAGCAUUGUUCCAAAUCACAUGAUCAUGGUCAAGCACAACUAUAUACAAAUAAAUAACCUUAAACUAUGAUUAUGAAGAGGGGGAUAUAGGCUACUAAAAAGACAUGAGGGGACUGUGUUGCUGCCUGCAGCCCACUCUAAGAUACAUCUCAGAGCUGAACCAUUUGUAUUUUAUACACCUGAUUUUAAGCUAAUAACAGUUUCAAACAUCUGUAUCCAAAUGAAAACAUUUAUGGCAUUUACCAAUCCACUCACGCAUUUAGAAAGUUUUAGAAAACUUUAUCAAUUGCAUACUGGUGCUGGAUUGUUAUCAGUACCAGAGUUAGGGAACGAUAACAUUAGGACCCCUGGUCUACUUGGAAACUUUUGAAAGAUCAUGUACAUUUUCCUAGUUAAAUCAUUUGCUUUUAUUAUGAAAAGUUGCAUUUUACCAUAUAUGUAUAUUCUAUAAAUAUAGAGGGAUCUUUCUCAAGAUGUCUUGCCCUAUCUGCAAACAUUGCAGUUAUUUAUCAGCCCCCUUGUUCUCCACGUCACAUCCUUGACCAUUUUGCUGCCUUUCAAGCAAUAUCCCAUCCCUUGUCCUCUGGGUUUUCAACAUUCCCAUAAACUCACCCUUGUCCUCGGUAGCUUCAAAACUCAUUUCAAUCACCACCUCCUUUGGGCUAUCGCAAUGGGCUAAUUCUCCCACACAUGUAGCUGGCAAUACUCUAGAUCAGGCAUAGGCAACCUUCGGCAUUCCAGAUGUUUUGGAUUACACCUAACAUGAUGCUUUGUCAGCAUUAUGGGUGUAAGAGCAUUAUGAGGGAUGUAGUCCACAACAUCUGGAGUCCCGAAGGUUGCUUAUCCCCGCCCUAGAUCAUAUUUUUUCAAAUGCAUGCAAUUCUCCAAUUUCUGUAAUACUCCAUUUCCUCUAUCAGGCCACCACCUCCUAUUAUUUGUCCUUGAGUGCCCCCACACCUAAUAUAUGCAACCUAAUCCUCCUCAACUCAGGAGGAAUUUCAAUUCUCUUGAUCUCCAGCAGCUCUCGACUGAUAUCCAUUCUGAACUCUCAUCCAUCCCUACCCUCUCCUGUCCCUCUCUGGCUAUCUCCUCAUACAACGCUACCCUCACCUCUGUCCUAGACAAUGCAGCCCUGCUCCAAGCACACACCUCAAGGAGGGUGCGCCUCCAAACGUGGCAUGCUAAGUCAACACGCUACCUGUAGAGAUGCUCCUGUUCAACGGAACGCUGUUGCAGGAAGGCUCGCAACUUGUCAGACUUUCUACACUAUAAAUUUGUCUUGCGUUCAUACAGCACAGCCCUCACCCUUGCAAAACAGUCCUACUUUUCUUCUCUCAUUAAUUCAUGCUCCUAGUCAUCACUUUAAUACUUUUAACUCUCUUCUUUGUCCUGCUUUGGCCACCCCACAAACUGAUCUUUCAGCUGAUAGCUUUGCAUGUUACUUUACUGACAAGAUUAUAAACAGUUAAGGAAUUAAUUCUCUCUCCUUCUCCCCUCUCUAUCUCAACCUCACUUGGACCAUACCAUCCCUACCCUCCAAGACAUCCCUCCAGCUACUGAACAGGAGGUGGCUGCACUUCUCCUUUCCUCUCGUCCCACCACGUGUCCGCUUUAUCCCAUCCCGUCCCACAUCAUCACAUCUCUCGCCCCUUAUCUGGUGCAGUUGUUAAAGCACAUCUUCAACUGCUCUCUUUCUUCUGGUGUUGUCCCAGCUCCCCUUAAACAUGUUACUGUUGUACCUGUCCUCAAAAAGCCAUCUCUUGACCCUACUUCCAUUACGUCACUCUUUACCCGUCUGACUUGCUUCCUCAAUUCCAACUCUCUCCUUGACCCUCUUCAGUCUGGAUUCCACCCCGUCCACUCCACAGAGACUGCUUCUUACUAGAGUUACAAAUGAUCUAAUUGCAGCUAAAUCCAAAGACCACUACUCCAUACUUAUUAUUAUUGACCUCUCUGUUGCCUUUGACACUGUUGAUCAUGAUAGAGAAACAGGCCUCAGGAGCACUAGGCCGCCCAGGGUCAGUGGGUUAGUUUGCCACAACUUACUGUAUUAAAAUUAAACUUUAUUAGAUACUAAAAAUAAUUGUGAAAUAAAUCCAUACUCAAAACCAAUAAGUGAACAAGUGAAAAAAUACAAUAAAAACUCGUGACAGGCUGAACAGACCUUCAGGGUCCGCACUAAAAACUGAAAAUGAAGCCACCUGACUGGUGGGGAAAAACCCUGGUCUAAACAAUGGACAGCUCAUAUACUGUAUAUAAGCGUUCAGGGAACAUUGGGUGAGCCAGGCUAAGAAAAAGGAACUAUAGAGGUGCAAAUACCCUCGAUUGUAGUAAUUGUGAUACUAUAAAGGAGUAGCACUAGACACCAUAAAUAGUGUCAAGGAUGUGGAAAUUAUGUAGCUAAACAAGUUGGAAAGGCAUGGACCUAACGGUCUCUGACAGAUACUUGUAAUAGUAACAAAGUUGCUAAAUGUUAGAUAACGUAAAAGCACACAGAGUCCAAUGGGCCCUCGCUACAGUGAAUCAGUGCAGCUUCAUUGUAGUUGAAACAAAGCUAAACACUGAUGAUCUAGCACACUUUAAAGUGCAAUUACCCAGAUACAGUGAAAGCAUUAAGCGCUUAACAGCGCAUUCCUGGUGGUCUAUCAAACGAGUCGACGAGGAGGGGAGGAUAGACACCGGCAGAGGGUAAAAAUCAAAACCUCUCCGACUACCUCCUCUAUCUCCUCGGAGUCAUCAUAGACCUAUCCACCCUGCUGUCACGCUAAAUAUAACGUUAGCUAGUGACCACUGAGCAUACUACAUAUACUAAGCCCGUCUGAAACUAAUCACCAUCCUGUAUAAAUCUAUGAGCUGUAACCUGCCACAAGCGAGCCUAUACUGUCACACCAAAUGUAACGUUGGCUAAUGAUCCCUACAUUCACUAAACCAGCCUGAAACUAAACACCCUCCUGUGCAAAUCUAUAAGCUGCCGCCUGUCAUGAGUGAGCCUGACGCGUGUUUCGGUGCUACCACCAGCACCUUUGUCAGAGGCAAUAAUCUCAAAGUAUACCCUGUACUGACUGGCCUUUAAACGGAGAGCCAACCAAUAGAAGCCGGGGGCGUGUAUUUGCAGUUCCUACCUUAGCCCUGACGAAGGAACUGAGAAACGCCCCCUAAAGGCGCGAAUACAACCUAUUGGUUGCUGUCCUAAUAGACUCGAACCCCUUCGUGAGAUUAACCCACGGGGUGCCAGAAUUCUGAAAAGCUAACCAAGCAUCAAACAUAUGUAAUCACAGAGGACCUAAAAGAAAAAUAAACAAACUCACCACUAAACUAACACAUGUGUCCGUUCCUUCGAAUAUAGAGAGCUCCGUGUAAAAGAGCAACCAAUGUGUCACAAACAGCGGAACAGACUGAAAUAUUGGGAGCUUAUAAAUCCACAAUUGCCUUUCUUCUAUCUCUGGUUGGAUGUCCUCCCACUUUCUGAAACUCAUUCUCUCUAAAACAGAGUUUCUUAUUUUUGCUCCUCAUAACAUUCCUUCACUUUUUCUGCAGGUUGACGGUACCUGCCUCACCCCAUCCUUUCGAGCUUGCUGUCUUGGUGUCAUUUUUGAUCCUGGCCUCACCUUUGCACCUCAUGCCCAGUCUGUUGCUAAAACCUGUUGAUUUCAGCUUAAAAACAUUGCCCCCAUUCUUAGGCAAGAUGCUGCCAAUCUCUUGCAUCGAUUACUGUAAUUCUCUCCUAAUUGGUCUCCCCAGAAGCCAUACUACCCCCUUAAAAUCUGUGAAGAAUGCUGCUGCCAGGCUGAUCUUUCUCUCCUGUCGCUCCUCUCACACCUCACCCGUCUGUCGAUCCUUACACUGACUUCCUCUACCCUACAGGUGUCAAUUUAAAAUACUAACCGUUACCUAUAAAGCUUUAACCAACUCUUACCAACCCUCUUACAUUUCUUCACUGAUUCGUAAAUAUGCCCCCUCUUGGUCUCUCUCCUCUACUGGUGACCUUCUCCGGUCUGCUGCUUGCACCCUUACUGCAAAUUUACACCUACAAGAUUUCUCACGGGUGGCUCCUUUCCGCUAGAACAGCCUGCCUACCCCUGUCUGACUCUCCCCUUCAAUCCUUUAAGAAGUCCCUCAAAACCCAUCUUUUCAGGAUUGCUUAUGGCCCCCAAGAGUAACUUCUGUCUCUCAAACCUUCCUCUUGAUCUCUCCUAAAGGGCCAGACUCCAUUCUCACCUCCAGUUCUGCUACUUUCCCACCAUGUCUAUUUGUGGUCUUCCUCAAUACCCUUCCUAUUGUGUUUUUAUACCACACUUCCUCUAGACUGUAAGCUCAUUUGAGCAGGGUCCUCAACUACUUAUUGCUCCUGUUCCAUUUUGGUAUUGUCUCAUUUGGUAAAUUCCCCUCUUAUUGUAAAGUGCUGCAGAAUAAGCUGGCGCUAUAUAAAUACCAAUAAUAAUAAUAAUGAUAAUAGAAAGUGGUGCAAAAAUGUAAAAGAGGAGGAGUCACCAAGUGAGUAUGCCUGCUGGUUUCCAUGGUGAUAACACCACUUUGAUAUAUCUCCCUCAUUGUGUUGUAUUUUACAGGAUACAAGCUUGCUGGAGAGGAUACGUUGUCCGAAAAUGGUACAAAAAUUUAAGACACACAAUUCCUCCAAAAAACCCAAUGCUAAGGAAAAAGUUCUUUGAAGAAAAGGUACAUUUGCUCCUUCUUUUUUUUUUUUUUUUACCAGCAAUAAAAAUAAAGUCCACUGAGCUGAAAAUGCUAGUAUUACUUUGUAUUAAUACAUUUCCAGAAAAACGAUAAAUGCUGAGCCAUCAAUAACAUUUUGAUCUUUGACUCAUCGAGUUCCAUUUAAUUUACUAUGGAUUGCACUUAAAAGCACUAAAUGAGUAUGCAGAGGCAUGAACUCCUCAAAUAUAUAAGCUCAAUAAAUCUAAUAACUUUAUUAUAUUCGCUCCAAGGGAGAGUUCAAAAGGCAAAAUGUGUGUAGAACUGUAAUAUGUUAAGGAGAAGAGAUAACUAUAAACCUGAGCUGUGUUCUAUGCCGAAAUCCCCUUAUACAUUUGAUCUAAAGACAAAUUACAUUUUUAAACUUGUUUUAUUUUCCUCUGUUUAUGUACGCUAUGCAAUAAGUACCUCUUUUACUAUGAUUGAUUGUAAUACCAUGAAUAAAUAUUUAGAGUACUAUUAAUGUAUUAGUAAGGGGCGCAUAUCAAUAAUGAGUAAUUAAAAAUAAUCUUUAAGCAACCCGACACACUAAAAUAAAAAAAGUGGUGAUCAGGCAAUCUUUAACAGACUAGCUGUUACGUAAUCCAUGAUUCUGAUCCACUUUACUAGCGGAACAUCACAGAUUAGUGGUCCACACUACUGCCAAAGAUUGCUCACUGCUGGGCCUAACAGUUCUUUUGGGUUAUUCUGUCUUCAUCAAGGAAAUCAUUUGAAUUGAAACUCGCUUUGGUCGCUGUGACAGAGCACAUUCCAAGUCUCAAAAAAAUAUAAUGAAUGGCUUUUAAUGAGUUUUCUUUAAUUUGACUUAACUGGAAAGUGUAAAGUUAAGGUUUCCAGAGGUAUUUCUGUGUUGUUGUUUUUUUGUGAAGUCUUGUUAGGAUCAAUGCUAAACCGCAGAAUGGAAAUGAUUGUAAUUAAUACAUCCAGAAUCCUCAAUGAAUCAUUGGUUCCUGUUUUUCGGUUUAUUGGGCCUAGAUGGGAUCUGAGACUGAUAUGUUUAUUAUCAGUCUGACAGAGCCACAGUAGUUUUACGGAGAUCUAAGAGCCUCUAAAAGGUCACCGAAACUAUCUCAUUUAUGCCAAUAUCCACAAUGCGUGUGUACAGAAUGCAAACUCUUACCUAUAAUGCAAUAGAUGGACUUGUGAGCGUCUUUGAUCCUUACCUAUAAACUUUGCUUGCAUAAGCCAUUUAAUUGAAGUAGGGCAUUUUAUUGCUGCUAUUAAAUCUUUUUCAUAUGCGUCAUAUUAUCUUUAGCAGAGCUUAAUGUUAGUAGCGCUUUUUAUAAGCGGGUAGCUCGGCUGUGAAAUAAAGGAGAUAGUUUGGGUAUUUUCAUACCCUGUUAUGUGAUUUCUCAAACAUUUUAAUUGAGAUCUCACCAAACAUCAUAACUGCAGCGCAGUUUAUUUGGCUCCCUUCAUCCUAUGAAGACAAACAUAAUCAUACCUCUUUGAGGUGCACCCCCACCCCCUCUUCCCGGCUUCAACACUGGGAGGAUAUUAACCCCAUAAAAGCUUAUCACUGAUGUCCUGAUAUGCAAUAAAUUCCAGCCUUUUCAUUUUACUUGUGAGGAUUGCCAUAAGUCAACACAUUAGUAAGCAAUUGCUGACAUUAAGAUGUAUUACUUGAGAAAUAGAGUUCUUUAAGGUGCACAAAGUUCACCUGACUUCUUUUGUUCGCUCUGCUUAAACCUUUUCAGCUCUUCAUACUUAGGCUUGCUAUGUUACCUGCUCUAAUUUUGUUAUUGUGCGUCUGUUAACACAUCUUUGUUGUAUUUUUAUCUUUUUUUUUUAAACUCCUGUUUUAAAAAAAAAAAAUGUUGGCUAUUGAGAGAAUAAAAAUAAGUUAGUCUCUUGUUUCUUUGUUGCAUUUCUGCGUCCGUGCACCUCUUUAAGAUAUGGGAUUUAAACAUUUGAACAGGAAAGUACUUAUGUUAUUGGGUCGAAGUAGACAAAUAUCCGAGGUCAGAGUGACAGGGCUUACUGCUUGGACAGUGACUUCAGGGAAACAUAAAUUAUACAACUUAGGGUUUAUUUAUUAUUUAUUUAUUUUAUAAAUAAAUAGAUAAAGUGUAUUCACUCAGCUGUGAAUUUUGAAAAACUGACCAAGGGAAAUUACACAUUUUUGUUAAAAAAAAAAAAAAAAAUGAUAAAAGCUAACAAAAUUGUUACCCGAUCAGUUUCAUUUGUUUAUAAAUGGAACCGAAAUUUUUCAUAAAUAUACAACAAACUAAGUUACUUUGGUAUUGCUAAUAAAUUAAUAUUUUACUAACAACUGUGAGCUUCCAGUCCUAUAGUAAAAGAAAAAAAAGGUAGAAUCAUUGGUUUGCAAUUUAUAUAUAUCAUAGUUAAUCAGUGAAAAGACACACCUAAUCUCUCUAUUCAUUGCUAUGACAUGCAUGGCCAAUAUGCUCUUGUAUAUCUGUUUAUUUUAAGCAACAAAAGAACUUUUAGCGAAGAUAAAUUAGAAACUAAAUCUUAAAGGAAUACAUUUCUGGUUAAUUGGUUUACAUUAGUGCACUAAUUUAUAAUAGCUGUCCAAAUCUGUCUAGAAACAAAAUAGUCCUGUCCUUUUUUCUCCAAAAAGCACAAUAUUGAUGUUUUAUGUUUGUUGCCAUGUUAAGCACUGCAAUUUUACCUAAGCAAACAGGACUGUAAGCCCUAUGGAUGCUCACUCUAACUAAUGGAAAAUGUCUAUCCGUGCCAUUAGGAAUUUUUUGAACUUUUUAAAAAAUGUUUUACUUGAAAGCUGAAAUACUUUUGUAACGUUUCAACUAGAAUUUCAGGACAAUGCAUUUAACAUAAUAGAAAUGUUACCUGUGUGAUUAAUAAUCAGUGAAGUCUAUUGAAGUUUUUUCGUUUAAUGUUGUGUAAAUGCUUUACAUGUUGUGAGAAUGGCCUUAUACAUUUAUCUGCUAUCUGGAAAUCUGCGCAUGUAGCAGGACAUAUUGGGGGUUAUGUAUAAGGAGCUAAGGGAAUGUUCACAUUUAUUACCAAUGAUAUAGUGACACAGGCUCCAGUUGCUCAAUUCUUGGCACUUAUUUUACCUAUUACAAUAAUUAAAAUCAUUUAUAUACCGCCAACAUAUUCCGCAGCUCUGUACAAUAUUUAAAACAAGACAAACAAGUAAUUCUAACAAAACAUGUCUGAAUACAAUACGGGGACAUUGCAUUCAGACAACAGUAGGUGAAGAGGGACCUCUUCUGCCAAUAAGAUGAGUACUGGUAAUUUGGGUAAUAUCAUCUACCCCAGAACAUACUUGAAAACCAGUGAAAAGAUAAAUGUACCUUUCUUGGGUAAAUACUAUUUUUAUUAUGACUAUUAACUAAUCUUAGUGUCUUAGAUCUACUUAUCAAGUGGUGUGAUGCAGUGAAGGCUGGUUCAUAGGGGUAGGUGGUGGCUCGCACUCAGUUUUUGUUGCAAAAAAGAAAUAAAUCAAAUCUAUCGGCAUUGUAAGGAGUAUUGAUAAGUGUGUGUUAGGAAGAACGUGUGUCUGUCAUGAUUAGAUCUACAGUUUCCAUUCUCCCUUUAUGUAACACAGGAACUGCACUCAAUCUUCCAACCUUAGAACCAGGGUGCAACCAGACCCGGAUUCAGCACCAAAUCCCAAAUGUAAUACUACUAUCCUUUCUUUUGAAGUAUUCCUUUCUCCUUUUAUUGAUGACUGGAGAUGCAGUUGGUUUUGAACAUGGUAUUAGUAUUUAGGAUUUCAAUUUUAAUGGCAAUCUGUGUCAUGAGGUUAAGUGGGUAGAGCACAAAAAGUCAGGGGGGCAGCACCCCACCAUCUUUAAACUUCACCGUUCACCACAGGAACGGUGGCAUGAGGUGAACUGCAAAAUUGCUGACAGAUACAAAAAAAAAUCUCCACUCCUUCUUUCGUACGAUUGUGUUUCAAGAAGUGGCAAGCAUCCAGUUAUGGACUGAAGACAAGCAGUUGUUUUUUCAUGACCCGAGAGAACAGGGGAGGAAAGCUCUAAAAUAAGUGAAAUGGAUUGAAGGAUACUGAUGGAAUGUUGGAAGACGUAAGAUGAGAAUCAGGAAACAGCAUUUUCAUGUUGAAUGUGGUUACGAAGUGUUAGUCAAAAUUUAUUCAUGUUCCUCAGAAUUAAAGAUACAUAAAGGUCACAAAUAAGUAGUAAAUAUUUGUGACUUUAGGAUUUAGUAACCAUUAAAUAAUUGAUCGCUUUGGUUAGAGCAAUUUCAAUAGAGUGCUGACAGUGGAAACCAGAUGUAUAGGUCAAGUAAAGAAUUGAAAUUAUGAAAACUAGUCCUACAUGAGUUGUGCAAAAAGCAUGUUGGUGAAAAUGAGUCAGCAGAUAGAGAUUGUGUUUUAUGGUGGGAGUAAAAAUUAAAAACAUUUCCAAAAGAGAACCAAUGAAAUCAUCUUUCAAGAAGUUAUAUAAUAAAAUAAUGAAAGUAUUAAAUGAUAUUGUAGAACAAAAAGAUAUUGCUGGAAUUGGGUCAAAGCUACGGGUGGUGGAGGAGGAAGGCAGCAGAAGUAACAUCAGUGACAAGGGUAGACAAAUCAGAUUUCAUGGUAGGGUGAGUGGAGGAUAAAAAAAGAGUGAUAGUCUUUGUCAUAUUUGAUUACUCUCAUUAAAGAGGUUUGCACUUGUUAGCUAUGUGUUUAGUGUUGGGGUAAAUAUCUCUAAUGGGAUGAAGUAGAGGUUUGAAGAGUUGAUUGGUUGAUGGACAUGAGUGAAGUGAACUGGUUACUUUUUUAGUAAGUGAGAAGACUAGUAGCAUGAAUUUGUAACGCAAGAAAUAAAAUGUUGCGUGAGACAUCCUCUAGUUAUACUCACUGUUUAGAGGUAUCUUUAGAGGUAACAAGUGACUAAUGUAUGCAAGGAUUGGAGUGAUGGUCUUUGUAAAGAGUGGAUUGUUAGUGGCAUUAUAUUCUCUGUAGUAGUUAAAAUGAUGUAUUUGUUAUGGAAAGUUGCCAGUUUAGGACAGGUUGAAAUAGAAGAGAAUGAAGUUUGGAGAUUAGUGGAGAAUGUGGAGAGAAUAUGGAGAAAAAGAAAAAAUAAACACUUUAGACACAACAGGGUAAUCCCUAAUUCCUGGACUGGUCGGGGGUAUGUGAGUACUGGGUUGGGAACCCCUAUAACUGGGAAUCACAGGGUUUCUAGAGACACUGUCUGUGUUAUUCAAAUUGAAGGCCAGAGGUUAAAGCAUAGCUGACUUAGAGAAUGUUUCCAUUUUGGCUAUUUUAACCUUAAAUUUAGAAUUCAAUUCUAACUUUAGUAAAUAACCCUGAUAGUUGAUGGAAGACAGAGAGAAUGGAUGUAAAUAAGAUAAAUGCACUGAUAGUAAGAAUGGAGAAUUAUGGAUAAUGUGUGCUAAAUUGACAAAUUAAAAUAUAUAGCAGUGGUAGUCAACCUUUUUCUUCCUACCGCCCACUAAUGCAUCUUUCUUGAUGGAAAAAUUUACUUACCGCCCACCAGUCCCGGUCGCGCUGUUAAAGCGCCCAGCGCUGACCAGGCCCCCCUCACAAUCCACAUCCAUCGGGUGGCCCUGACAGCAUGGGCCACCCGAUGGACCCCUUGGAUGGCGGCCCUGGCGGUUUGCCGCCCGGGCUGAGGCCGCAAAGGGUGAUGGCGUACCGCCGGCUCGCACCCGCCCACCCACCCAAUCUCUCCAAAUGAGGAAAUCCCUACCGCCCACCUGGAAUCCUGAAACGCCCACUAGUGGGCAGUAGGGACCAGGUUGAUGACCCAUGAUAUAGAGGAACCAACUGGCAAUCAAGCUGAGAGGAGAUAGUGCAAACAGAACGGUUGCAGAAGUCCUUCCAAGACGGUCGGUGUACUGUUGCACAGUUUGUUCUAUGAACCCCUUCUUAUAGCAUUGUUCCUUUUAUAAUCCAGUAUAUAAACUACUGUGCACUUAAAGGGAUAAUCCAGAGCCCUUAAGUACUUUAGCUUGCUGAAGAGUGGGUCAUCUAAUUUCAUUGAGUAAUUUUAAAAAAGUGCAGAUUUCAAUAGAAAUUGCCACUUUUUAAAAAUCACCUUUGUUACACCUCCCCAGCCGACAGUCACACACAAGUGGUCCUGUUACUUCCUGGUUUGGUUAGCUCAUUGGAGCUAAACUCAAGAGGCAGCAAUUGCCCAGAGCACCUGACUUGCUCAUUGACUUCUCAUUGAGCUGCAUUGGGCAGUCUGUGAUUGGACAGCCACAGAAAGUCUGGGCGGGGUUAGAAAGGGAGGGCUUGGAAAGGCUGCAUAUUUUGCAAGCUGUUUUUAGAUAUACCCCCAAUGAGAACAUGCAUAAUUAAAUUCAUGUAUGUUUUUAUUGAAGGUUUAUCUACUAAACAGUGAGUGGCGUGUCCCUUAAAUGUCUACUCUCAUUAAAAAGUAUCAUGCAAUUUAAUUAAUGUACAAUGCCCAGUAAAUUCUUCUUGUGGUUAUCGGACGCACUCUCAGAAGUAAUAAUUCAGGCUUUAUUUGUCAGCUUACAGAAAUCACAGACAGAUUGCUGAGAUCAUUUCAAACAGAUAUUGAUGUUUUUUUCAAUGAAAUCGACAACUCCAUCGCUGUCAGUAGAAAUGUAUUCCUUCAGUUAGAAGACAAGUACAGCCCCGGAAUAAGUGAAGGAGAAUGGGAAAAGAUACAAAUACAGGUAAGUCAGAAGCUAUAGGUAUUAGACUUGGGAUUGUGUUACACCGUGUUAAUUUAUUGUUACUAUUUAUAUAGCGCUAACAUUCUACAGAGAUGUACAACUGUCUGCAAGAGAUAAACAAGAAAAUGUAAAGUUAUGGGGAUCACUGUUUAAUAGAUAAACCCUGUGCAUAUAUUUAUUGCGGGUAUAGCUUAACAGGGCUUACAAAAGCUGCAGUUUUUAUGCAGAUUCUCAUUGAGAAUCCUCUGAAACGAUGCUGUUGUGUGCAGGGCCGCCAUCAGAAAUUUUGGGGCCCCUAACACAGCUCAAGGUCUGGGCCCUCCUUCAAGCCCGCCUCCAAAUCCCGCCCACAGGAAUACACACACACUAACAGAUACAAAUACGGAAACAGACACACAAACAAUCAUAGGGAGAUACUGACACACACACACAUAUACAUGCAGACAUACCUACUGACAAACAUACAUAUACAUACACAUACUGCAUACUGCAUACUGAUAUAUACAUACAUACAUACUGACAGGCAUACAUACAUACACACACACACACACACACACACACUGGCAUACAUACAUACAUACAUACAUACACACACUGGCAUACACACACUGGCAUACACGCACUGGCAUACACGCAUACACUGGCAUACAUACACACAUACACUGGCAUACAUGCAUACACUGGCAUACACACAUGCACUGGCAUACAUACACACAUACAGUGGCAUAAAUGCACUGGCAUACAUACACACAUGCACUGGCAUACACACAUGCACUGGCAUACAGUGGCAUACAUACACACAUACACUGCCAAUCAUACACACAUGCACGGGCAUACACACAUACACUGGCAUACAAACACGCAUACACUGGCAUACAUACACACAUGCACUGGCAUACAUACAUACACUGGCAUACAUUGGCAUAAUACACACAUGCACUGGCAUACACACAUGCACUGGCAUACAUACACUGGCAUACACCUAAUUUUCAGCCACCCUCCUCUCUUCCUUACCAUUUCGUCGCAGUAGGGUGGCUGGGGAUGAUGGGCGUCGGCUGCGUCCUCCUUCCCGUGCAGAGUAAAGUGGGAGGAAGUGACCGGACGUCACUUCCUCCCAGCAGCACUUGCUUCCGGCUGCAUUUUUUUUUUUUUUUAAAGGGGCCCGGUCACGCUAUUACAGCGCUGAUCGUGCCCCUUAAGAUAAUAGGGCCAAUUGGGUGGCCCUAAAUGCUUGGGCCACCUGAUGGGCCCCAUCAGCGUGUGGGUCCCGGUGCAGAUGCACCGGCGGCAGUUCCACUGAUACACGUGGGGCCCAGGUGGCCAGCCCCCCAAGGCCGCUGGGCCCGUGACAAUUGUCACGGUUGUCAUGCCCUGAUGGUGGUCCUGGUUGUGUGCCCGCACACUGCACAGCGUUCAGAAUGAGAGGAAGUAUGUAGAGAAGAGAGCGCCUUCCACUUCCAUUAUCCUAGGGGAACAAACGGAAGCAGGAAGUAGUUCCCCAUGCUGUUUGAUUGACAGCUAGUGGGGUGUUUAAUUAAUUAAAUUCUAUAAAGUGCCUUUUUAAUUUGAUACUCCCUACCAAUGAAGCACUUCAGCAAGCUGAGUGGCCCUGAAACUGUGGGGUAAAAAUGAAUCCCUCUUUUUUAAUGAAUUAAAAGGAUAAUGUUUUAAAAACAAUGCAAACUACAGACUCCACAAUCUAAGAGUGCUUUAAACAUUUUCCCAAGUGCACUAAUUUCCACACCAGGAACAAACCUUUAUCCCAGAAACCUCUCUCCAGCAGGACUUAUGUGAUAAGAAAUUUAUCUCCAAAAGCAUGUUCACUCAUAAGUUAGGAUGAGUAAGAACUCCUCUAUAUAAACUAAUAUUGGCCAUACUAAUGCCUCACUUUGCCCGUCGACAGCCCAUGGAUCAGUUCUCUCGUAUUAUGGAAGAGAAGCCAAGUUUGGAUUGUCUAUCAUUGAAGAAAAGCAAACUAUCCACUAGGACUAGGAGGAGGUCCUCCAUCCGAAAAACAAAAGAAACUGGUGGAUCUUCUAAACCCCUAGUAACUUUAGACUUCCCUCCUUCCUUCCAGCCCAUUUGUGGUGGAGGGAGGAGUUUAUAAAGCAUGCAUGAUCUGCACAAUGCUAGUAUCCCUUCCCUCAAAAAAAAAAGACACGAGAACAACGAACUUCCCAAGGAGCAAUAGCCAUUUACUAUUUAUCAUGCUGUCUUCUGCUCCAUGAGAUAAAGUCAGUAAAGGAAAACUCUGUUUCCAAAAAUACCUACAGUGAGGGAAAAAAGUAUUUGAUCCCCUGCUGAUUUUGAAUGUUUGCCCACUGAUAAAGAAAUGAUCAGUCUAUAAUAUUAAUGGUAGAUGUAUUUUAACAGUGAGAGACAGAACAACAACAACAAAAAUCCAGAAAAACACAUGUCAAAAAAGUUAUACAUUGAUUUGCAUGUCAAUGAGUGAAAUAAGUAUUUGAUCCCCUAUUAAUCAGUAAGAUUUUUGGCUCCCAGGUGUCUUUUAUACAGGUAACCAGCUGAGAUUAGGAGCUCCUAAUUACCUGUGUAAAAGACACCUGUCCACAGAAGCAAUCAAUCAGAUUCCAAACUCUCCACCAUGGCCAAGACCAAAGGGCUGUCCACAGAUGUCAGGUACAAGAUUGUAGACCUACACAGGUCUGGAAUGAGCUACAAGACCAUUGUCAAGCAGCUUGGUGAGAAGGUGACAACAGUUGGUGCGAUUAUUUGCAAAUGGAAGCAACACAAAAUAACUGUCAGUCUCCCUUGGUCUGGUGCUCCAUGGAAGAUCUCACCUCUUGGAGUUUCAAUGAUUAUGAGAACGGUGAGGAAUCAGCCCAGAACUACAUCAGAGGACCUUGUUAAUGAUUUCAAGGCAACUGGGACCAUAGUCACUAGCCAUGUGCAUGGGGAAAGUUUUCGGAUCGGUUCGGCAUUCCGAAAUUCUGGAUUUUCGCAAUUCGGCACUUCAACACUUUGGAACUUCAGCAACUUCGGAACUUCGACAACUUCAGCUUUUCUGGACUUUUAUUGCAGCCGCUUAGUAGAUAACUCCCUAAUUCCCACGGUAUUAGGGAGUUAUCUACCAAAAGGCUGAAAGACCUAAAUUGGUCCUUAAGCCAAAUUUACUAAUACAAAGUAAAUAUUACUUCGUAUUAGUACAUUUUUCCCCUACUCGCUAUACCGCGAGUAGGGGCAAAAUUUUCGGUUCGGCAUUCCGAAAUUCUGGAUUUUCGCAAUUCGGCACUUUAACACUUCAGAACUUCAGCAACUUCGACAACUUCAGCAUUUCGGGACUACUGCGAGUAGGGGCAUGUCCUGUGGCUGCUCACUGUUUAAAAAAAAAAAUAGGGUCCGGCGGUGGGUGGGGGCCCUAAAUACUAAUAGGGGGGGGAACCUAAUGUCCUCCCCCCUGGCCCCCACCCCUGAGCGAUGGGUGGGAGCCCUAAAUUGGAAUAAGGGGGGGACCUAAUGUCCUCCCCCCUGAACGGUGGGUGGGGGCCCUAAAUACUAAUAAAGGGGGGACCUAAUGUCCUCCCCCCUGGCCCCCACCCCUGAGCGGCGGGUGGGGGCCCUAAAUACUAAUAAGGGGGGGACCUAAGGUCCUCCCCCCUGGCCCCCACACCUGAGCGGCGGGUGUGGGCCAUAAAUACUAAUAAGGGGGGGACCUAAUGUCCUCCCCCCUGGCCUCCACCCCUGAGUGGCGGGUGGGGGCCCUAAAUACUAAUAAGGGGGGGACCUAAUGUCCUCCCCCCUGGCCUCCACCCCUGAGCAGCGGGUGGGGGCCCUAAAUACUAAUAAGGGGGGGACCUAAGGUCCUCCCCCCUGAGCGGCGGGUGGGGGCCCUAAAUACUAAUAAGGGGGGGACCUAAUGUCCUCCCCCCUGGCCCCCACCCCUGAGCGGUGGGUGGGGGCCCUAAAUACCAAAAAAAUUAUCCCCCUUCCUACCCCCCUCACCCUAAAAAUAAUGAGGGGGGGACCUUUAACUAAGUACCUGUAAAAAAAUAAAAUAAAACUUACCAGAGAGUUAUGAGUUAAAUUACACAGCGUGGGAAAAUUCCAAAGAACUUUCCCACGCUGUGUAAAGUGACACAGAGCACUCUGAUUGGUGGAUUUCAAACCAACCAAUCAGAGUGCUGUGACAGGUAAAUGUAGAGACUUACCUGUCAGCCUCUUCAUUUACCUGCCAGAGCACUCUGAUUGGAUGGCUUAAACCCACCAAUCAGAGUGCUCUGAGCCUAAUUGCAGGGAGGGGGAAGGCUUUAUAAGCUCAGUCUGCGCGGAGCCCUCGCUGGGUGAAGAUGGAUUAUUUUUUUUUGCGCUCUUUUUUUUUUUUUUUUUACGUGCGUCGGUUAUUAUGUUUUUUUAUUUGGCCUUUUUUGGGGCUGAAAAAAGAUUUUAGAAGAAAGAAAACAUCGAAUGGUAAGUUUUUUUUUUUUUUACAGGUACUUAGUUAAAGGUCCCCCCCUCAUUAUUUUUAGGGUGAGGGGGGUUGGUAGGAGGUUAAUUUUUUUGGGGGGGGGUGGGAUGACUAAGGGUUUGGUAUUUAGGGCCCCCAUCCGCCGCUCAGGGGUGGGGGCCGGGGGAGGACAUUAGGUCCUCCCCCUUAUUAGUAUUUAGGGCCCACACCCGCCGCUCAGGGGUGGGGGCCAGGGGCAUGGGCGUAGGAACUCCAAAAAAUCUGGGGGAGAUAUCAUUUUUACUCGCCGGGUAUAUUUUUAUUCCGUAAACUAGGAGUUGUUUAUCCCAUUGUCUAGUGCUACGGAAUUUGCUGGCGCUAUAUAAAUGAUAAAAUAAUAACAUUAAAGGGUCACUACAGGGAAGGGGAUUUACUUACCCAGAUCCAGUGCCGGGAUCCUCCUGAUGCCGCACCCCCUAUUUCAUCAAAAUGACGAAAUAGGAGGGUGCAAGCAGGGUGCAAGCAGAAGCGUCAUUGCUCCCUGGUGCGCAUGCGCAGCUUUGCGCACAUGCGCAGAUACUUCAUAGGGCGGCAUUCAUGUCUCGACUAGGAAGCACCUCUAGUGGCCAUCUGAGUGUCCACUAGAGGUGUUCCUCAGCAGUAAUGUAAAUACUGCCUUUUAUGAAAUGUCAGUGCUUACAUUAAAAAGCCUGCAAAGACAUGCUAUAGACACCAGAACUACUACGUUUAGCUGUUGUGGUUCUGGUGACUAUAGUGUCCCUUGAAAAUAGAGGGGAAAAAAGAAUCAUCACAAAUGUAAGAAAUAAAAUGUCUGUAUCAUUAUUCUAAAAAGUAUUUAAAAUUUUUUUAAAAAAUGCACAUUCCUAGCUUAAUUUUUAGCACAACAUUUGACACAAACAUUUUGUACUUUGCAGAUUACUUUUUAUAUUUUUUUAUACAUAUACAGAUUGUGUAAUACUGCCCCUGACUUAGGGUGACCACAUUUCCUAACUGCCAUUCAGUGACACUUUCAGAAGUGCAUUCCAUACAUUUUACUACCCGUCUCUACCCCUUCCAUUUAUAUUGGAACCCCACCUACCCCUUCCAUGAAUAUUAGAACCAACCCUACCCCUUCCAUGAAUAUUAGAACCACCCCUACCCUUUCCAUGCACAUAAGAACCCCACCUACCCCUUCCAUGCAUAUUAACCCCCCUACCCCUUCCAUGCAUAUUAGUACCCCCUAACCCCUUCCAUGCAUAUUAGAACCCACCCUACCCCUUCCAUUCAUAUUAGUACUCCCCUAACCCCUUCCAAUUAUUUUUCUACCUUCCCCCUCCUCCCAUCCAUAUUAGUAGCCCCCCUAACCCCUUCCAAUUAUUUUUUUACCUCCUCUCAUCCAUAUUAGAAGCCCCCCUAAACCCUUCCAAUUAUUUUUCUACCUACCCCUCUCCCCCAUCCAUAUUAGUAGCCUCCCUAACCCCUUCCAAUUAUUUUUUUACCUCCUCCCAUCCAUAUUAGAAGCCCCCCUAAACAUUCCAAUUAUUUUCUACCUCCCCCCUCCUCCCAUCCAUAUUAGUAGACCCCCUAACCCCUUCCAAAUAUUUUUCUUCCUCCCAUCAAUAUUAGAAGCCCCCCUAACUGCUUACAUUCAUUUUUCUACCUCCUCCCUCGCCCCUUCUUUAACCCUUCCAUUAAUUAACACUAAAAAUGCUCAGACAGCUGUUUUUUUUUCUUUUCAGGGGUGACCGGCUCUGCUUUACCCCCUACAAACGGUUGUCCCCACUUUACCUGACAUAGCAGGGGGACCUCUGGAUGUCUGGCGGGCGCAGUGUCAGACUGAGCACCGGUUAGUCAGGUGCUCCCCUUCCCAGUCUGCAGUGCGUGCGGUUCCCUGAUGGAGCCACCCGCGGCCGGCGGAGCUGGGGGGGAUUUCUCUAUAACCUGUCCCCUCCGCAUGAUUUGCUGGGGGUUCCUACGCGCAUGGCCAGGGGGGAGGACAUUAGGUUCCCCCCCUUAUUCCAAUUUAGGGUCCCCACCCGCCGCUCAGGAGUGGGGGCCAGGGGGGGGACAUUAGGUCCCCCCCUAUUAGUAUUUAGGGCCCCCACCCGCUGCUCAGGGGUGGGGAACAGGGGGGAGGACAUUAGGUCCCCCCCCCCUUAUUUUACUGUUGGCCCCCACCCACCGCUCAGGGGUGGGGGCCAGGGGGGAGGACAUUAGGUCCCCCUUAUUAGUAUUUAGGGCCCCCACCCACAGGCUGCUCACUGUUUACUAGACAUGCCCUUACUCGCGGUAUAGCGAGUAGGGGCUUAAUUUACUAAGUCAUCUUUACUUAGUAUUAGUAAAUUUGUCUGAAAGACCAAUUUAGGUCUUUCAGCCUUUUAGUAGGUAGCUCCCUAAUACCGUGGGAAUUAGGGAGUUAUCUACUUAUUCAUUCCUGUCAUUGCAUUGACAGGCUAAGUAACUUACAUUUUAUAUGAAUGUAUGUUAUUUGAUUGUUGUAAGUGUUGCAAAUGCUUACAGCUGAAUCCUGGCUAUGUUUGUAUACUUUUUAUUUAAAAUUGUAUACAAUGUAACAUUCUUCUUCUUUCACUGGGUAAUUAUAUUAGUACUUAAGCAAUACUGUGCUUCAGAACUUCGGCACUUCAGAACUUCAACACUUUGGAAAUUCGGGACCUCGGCAAUUCGGACAUUCUGAAGAACCCGAAUGUCCGAAUUGCCCGAAAUUCGUCCGAAUUCAUAUUCGGACCGAAACGAAUUGCACAUGUCUAAUAGUCACCAAGAAAACAAUUGGUAACACACUACGCCGUGAAGGACUGAAAUCUUGCAGCGUCCGCAAGGUCCCCCUGCUCAAGAAAGCACAUGUACAGGCCUGUCUGUACAAUGAACACCUGAAUGAUUCCUAAUAGAACUGGGUGAAAGUGUUGUGGUCAGAUGAGACCAAAAUCAAGCUCUUUGGCAUCAACUCAUCUUGCCGUGUUUGGAGGAGGAGAUAUGCUGCCCAUGACCUCAAGAACACCAUCCCCACCUUCAAACAUGGAGGUGGAAACAUUAUGCUUUGGACGUGUUUUUCUGCUAAGGGGACAGGACACCGCAUCAAAGGGACGAUGUAGGUGGCCAUGUACCAUCAAAUCUUGGGUGAAAACCUCCAUUCCUCAGCCAGGGCAUUGAAAAUGGGUCGUGCAGGACAAUGACCCAAAACACAGCCAAGGCAACAAAGGAGUGGCUUAAUAAGAAGCACAUUAAGGUCAUGGAGUAGCCUAGCCAGUCUUCAGACCUUAAUCCCAUAGAAAAUCUGUGGAGGGAGCUGAUGGUUUGAGUUGCCAAACGUCAGCCUUGAAUCUUUAAAGACUUGGAGAGGAUCUGCAAAGAGGAGUGGGACAAAAUCCCUUCUGAGGUGUGUGCAAACCUGGUGGCCAACUACAAGAAACAUCUGACCUCUGUGAUUGCCAACAUGGGUUUUGCCACCAAGUACUAAGUCAAAGGGCUCAAAUACUUAUUUCACUCAUUGACAUGCAAAUCAAUUUAUAACUUUUUUGACAUGCGUUUUAAUGGAUUUUGUUUUUGUUUAUUCUGUCUCUCACUGUUAAAGGGACACUAUAGUUACCAGAACAUCUACAGCUUAAUGUAGUUGUUCUGGUGAGUAUAAUCAUUGCCUUCAGGAAUUUUCAUGCAAACUCUGCCUUUUCAGAGAAAAGGCAGUGUUUACAUUGCUCCUAGGGACACCUCCAAGUGGCCACUCCUCAGAUGGAGAUGCUUCCUGGCUCAGUGCUGAACAGUAGGCAGCAGUGCAGUUCAGCGUCUCCACGCUCUGCAUGGGGGCGUUGAAUUUUCCUAAUAAAGAAAUAAAUUGUUUCAAUGCAUCUCUAUGAGGAGGUUCGGAUUGGCCAAAACAGCAUUUGGCCCCUUCCCCCAAUGGGAAAGCAUUGGAUUGUCUAAAAAUCGAAAUUAUGAUGUUACCAAAGUUUUACAAAAACUCGAACCAAUGAGUUCUUCCAUCACUAGAGAUUUAGAGAAGAAAAGACAUAAGUAGACUGUUCAAGGAGUCUGGGGUUAAAAGAUAUAGCAUUUCUCACAGAAAUAGAAUAUCUCCUAAUGAAACAGGUUCCAUAACAAUUAAAAUAAAACAGCGAUAUUAAUGCUGAAACUAUAUGGUUACAUGUUGUGUAUUUUAUAAUUAAGUUAUAAUAAAUAACUUUUAGCGCACCUCCUGGCUUACCCUUGUGCUCUGCGGGUGGCUAUAUUUAGCUCUCGUUGAUCCAAAGCACCACUUGUCAUGUACAAUUAAAUGUCUGAAACUGUCCUAGAAUGCAGUAUGGAGAUGCCCAUCACAUGGUGUCAGGAUUAGCUCUUAAUUACCUGCACAGUCUUUGAUUGGAUAAGCAGUGUUAAACCCAAAGAGGACUUAAAUAUGGCUGCCCCCAUAGAGCAAGGCUAAGGCAAGCCAUGUACUGAAAAAAAGUUAUCUAUGUAUAUGCAUGUGUUAAAAACCAAUUAUACAUAUAGAGGACAAAAUACAUGCGAAAUUUUAUUUUAAAUAAUAAGAAUUACAGUUUUUGUUGGCGGGGUGGGGAGUGGGAGUGACAGGGCCGAAUGCAAAUAAAUAAAUAAAGAUAAGAUAUUGUUACAAAAACAAAUCCUAAUUGAAAAGGCAUGAGCACGUGGUGAGCUUAGGAUUCACUGAUAUAACAUCUAUUUAAUUGACUACUCCACACUAAAUAUUAAUAAAACAAAAUCACUAUUUAGUAUACAUACCCCGAAUGAAUACAUGCAUGCAUUUUUUGCACUGCUGCAUGUAGUCACUGGAUGUAUAUCUACAAAAAAAUUGCAAAAGCUGUAAUUCUUUAAGCCCUCCCAAUUUUCCCCCAACACAGACUUCCUUUUUUUUAUUUCUGACUCUGAAUCUCGACUACACAAAGGGGAAAGGGAGCAGGAAGGAUGAUGGAGCAGUGGAUGAAGUUGCAGAACUGGGGAGAAGAGGUACAAUCAAACACUGUGGACGUACGCUCACAGGCUCAUAGGAACACGGGGGACAAGCAGGCACACAAUCCCUGGUUGUAUGAUUGACAGCCAGAGAGGUGUUUCAUAAUUGAUUUAUAAAAGUGUUGAUUUCUCAAAUAACUUGGCACUUUUAUAAAUGGUCAUUUUAAUGGGAUAUUCCAUAAACACAAAGCACUUCAGCAAGUGCCAGAAUGUUAUGGUAUGGUGUCUGCAUCUUAAAUGUAUAUGAAAAGUAUAUGAUGUGUGCAGGCCUCCCAGCUGUCCUGAUUUUGGCACGAUGGCCCCACCAUCCCAAAUUUGUCCCAACUGACCAAAAAAGGUCUCCCUACAUGGUCUACCCUACUUGAGUAGAAGACAGGCUGGUGUGCAUUUACCCUAUUCUGACCUGUCAAUUCUACUGGUGGAACCUUCAUUGGGUGGAGUCAGUGACGUAAAUCAGAUAACUGGUCUGCCUCCUUUUAUUCCUCUCACCGGUGUCCCACUUCAUAGGACAUCGAAGUUUAGAGAUAUGUGCAUGUGGAACUGCCGCACUGCUCAAAGGCGAAACAUUGCUAAUGAUCUGUAAGUUGGUUGAAAUAGUAAAUUUCUCUUUUACUGGUUCGAUUGCAUUUUUGUAUUUCUUUCUCCACAGAUACUACACAAAGAAUAUAGUUAUGAUUUUUCUUCUACUCUUUCUUUUCUCCAACUAGGCCGUUCGACAGGAAAUAUUUGACUGUCCAAUUUGUAUCAUGCCACUGCAUCAUAAAACGGAUUCUAGUCGAAAGGAUGACAUUAUGGACCAGUCCACACGUCCAGUUGUUCUUUUGUCUUGUUCACAUGUGUUUCAUUUUGCUUGUUUACAGGCGUUUGAAGAGUUUACAACUGGAGACAUUCCUAUUUGUCCAUUAUGCAGAUCUUUUUACAAAAAAAAAUUAGUCUCAUCAUAAAUGUUUCUAUGGUUGAAACAAUUACUACGCAACACUAAUUCUUCCUGUAUGUUCGAUAUCCUUUCAAAUCAGAAGGAUAGAGGUUUAUCAAAAUAUACCGAAACAUCUGCUGUACAAAUGUGUC